AUGGAAGAUCAAAAUAAUGUCAAAAAACCAUUAUUACCACCAACUCUACCUCGUUGGUGGCGUGUAUUACUACCUCUAAGUCUUAUAGUAAUAAUAUCUACUAUUGAUAAGAUAGUUCUAAAUGAUUUUAUCGAAUAUCGUUAUACGAUUUAUUAUGGAUUAAAUUCUUCAUCCACACAAAAUAAUCAUGAAUUAUGUUUAAAUGCUAGUCGAAGAUCACAUUAUUCUACAGCUUCAAUAUUAUUAACAACAACAACACCAAAAUAUCCUAUAUCAACUACACUAUCACCAAAUGAACAAAUUCAAGCAUCAAAUGCACAUUUAAAUGUUCUUCUAUCUCUUGCUGCAACUGUACCUUCUAUUUUAAUAUCGAUUCUUCUUGGUGCUAAUUGUGAUCGAAUUGGACGAAAAUCUUUAGUUGCUUUACCAUUUAUUGGUAAAAGUAUACGUUAUGUUAUUUUAACAUUUGUUGCUUAUUACGAUCUAUCGAAUAUAUGGAUUAUUCUAUCAGUUAUAUUUGAUGGUAUAUUUGGAACAGCAGCUUUAAGUAUUUUAAGUUCAUUUGCUUAUGUAACUGAUUGUACAAAUGAAAAAAAACGUACAUCAAGUAUUACAGUUACAGAGGUUUCUCUUAUUGGUAGUCGACUUUUACCAUUACUUCUAGUGGGAAUAUAUUUACAACAUCCAAGAUAUGUUCAAUUAAUGAUAUUUACAUUACUAUUAAGUGUAAGUGGGUUUAUUUUUUGUAUUUUUUUCCAACCGGAAUCAAAAUUAAAUGUUCAACAUUUAAAUAUGUUUCAACAAUUAAAACAAUGUGAAUUUCAAACAAUAGCAAAAAGUUUUCGAGUAUUUUCUGUUAAACGUAAAGAACAUAAACAAAGAUCAUUAUUAAUGUUAGUUAGUAUACAUCUACUUUCAAUUAUUAUGCUAUUGGGAAAUAUGUCUAUAAAUUUUCUUUAUUUAUAUGGUGCACCAUUUUGUUUUGAUUCAUUUGGUGUAAGUUUAAAUAAUUCAGUACAAAUAGUUACUACUGUUUUAUUAACUAUACCAUUUACAUUAUUUAUUGCUAAACGUACUGAUCAUUUAUUAUUACCAAUGCUUGGUUGUUUAGCUUACAUAACACAAUUAAUUUUAUUUGGAAUAGCUCCACAAAAUUGGAUACUUCAUUUAGCUGCCGGUAUUGGUGGUAUGUUGUAUGUAUUAAUACCAAUAAUACGUUCACGUAUUACAAAAUUAGUUGAACCUGAUGAAUAUGCUGUAGUCUUUAUACUUGCUAGUGUAGUUGAAUCAGGUGGUUAUUAUGCAAUUAGUGCACUAACAAAUGAAAUUUAUCAAUUAUCAUUAUCAUUUUAUCCGGGUCUUGUUUUUUUUUGUCUUGCAAUAGUUGGUGUUAUAACAAUUAUUUUGAUGUCAAUUUUGUACAUUUUGGAAUAUCGACCAGCAGAAACGGAGAAGACUUUAAGUCUAAACGAAUAG